AUGAGAUCGAGAGUGAAUCUAGUUGCGAUUCUGCUGACCCUGAACUGCCUGGUCCGCGUGCUGGAGCCAUCGAAGCUGGACGAGAAGCACGUCCACAAGGGGCACGUCGUGAAGAAGGCUCUCAGGGAGGCUCAGACCAAAGUCGUGCCUCUGAAUGCGAUUCUUUUGCACGCGAACGACAAAACGAAGCUCGUCAAGACCUUAACGAGGAACAAUGUCCUGCCUCUCUCGAAGAACUACCUGCAGAGUCGAGACCGUCCUCGGCGAAAGAAACGAAGAAUGGACCGGACGAUGAUGGCGCUGCUGAUGGCGUACAAGAUGAAGUUCUUCGCCCUGAUCCCGACGAUGUUGGGUGGUCUGAUCCUCCUGAAGGCCACGGCCUUGCUCGCGGGAUUCUUCUUCGCCCUGUUCGCCGCGGUCCUCGGGCUGAAAGUACGCUGA